AUGCGCACGAAACGCCGCAGCUCUCCAGUUGUCCAAGUCAAGCCAAAGAGAAAGAAAACAAACCAUCUUCCAGAUGGAAAAAGAAUCCAGCAGUCUAAAAGGCUUAAUAACAGGCCUGAGUUCCAUUUAACGACGGAAGUACUUCAGACCUUGAACAGCAGCAACAACAUACCUCGUCCUAGAAUUAAGGGGAAGAUCCAACUGAAGCUUCAAGAUGCCUCUGAUUACCUUACAACUUGCAGACCUGAAGAAUUGCAUGAGAUAAGACAAAUUGCUUCACAGGGUGGCUUUGACCUAUCUGGCCUAAAAACAGCGUUGCGCGACGGAACACAUUCCUACGUUUUUAUCGGGCAUCCAGCAGAAGAUGGGGGAUAUCUUAGUAACUAUAGAGAGGACGAGGCUAUGGAUGGGGAUGAUGAAAAUGGCGAUGACGACGAUGAUAAUGAGGAGAAGAAGGAAGAGAGUGAAGUAGUUCAACUAGUUGAAUGGGCUGUGAAACGGGCGAACCGAUGCAACGUUGAACACUCAGCAGAUACGAGUGACGGUGGCAGACGCUCAGCUGUCAAGCCACGGUCUCCAAGUCCUUCUCUAGGAGGCCCGAGGCCGCCUAUGUACUUCCCAGAGCCACCUCACCUGGACAUGGACGACAAAGAACAAAUCAAAACUGCUCUCAAGGAAACAGGAUGCAUCAUGAAAGCCCUUCUCGACCGCCUCGAGGUUUUGGAAAAGAAAGCCUGA